UCUGACCAAAAACAGGGGAGUGUGUUUACAUAAUCACUGACACGCUCUCUGCGCAUGAUUGCGACCACAUAACGAACCGCCAGAUUUUAAUCUCAACUAUCUUUGAUUACCAAAAUUAAAAAACAUCUCAAGUAUCUUUCCCCAAGAGAAGAAUAUAUUAUCAGCGUCCACAAUAUACAUUAAUUUCUGUGAAUCUGAGGUCAUUCAUCCCACCACAUCCUCCUGAUUGAUGCAGUGAAAUUUUAGCAAGUUCAGCUGAAUCCAGCUUUCAAUGGCGAAAUUUGAAGCAAUUAAGUGAAAGAUGGGGUCUUAUCAAGUAAAUUUUGGAGGAAAGGGAGGAUAUUAUGAAGAAUUUUGAGCUCUGUGAUCCGAUUUGAAGGAAUUUCUGGAAAAUUUUGGUGCAAAAUAGUAUGGCAACUCCAGCAGAACCUCCAAAUGGGGUUAGAUCACAAGGAAAGCAUUACUACUCUAUGUGGCAGACACUUUUUGAGAUUGACACGAAAUAUGUGCCAAUCAAGCCUAUUGGUCGAGGUGCCUACGGUAUUGUUUGCUCUUCUAUCAACAGGGAAACCAAUGAAAAGGUUGCCAUCAAGAAGAUACACAACGUCUUUGAAAAUAGUAUUGAUGCACUCAGAACCUUGCGUGAACUGAAGCUCCUCCGGAAUCUUAGACAUGAAAAUGUGAUAGCGCUCAAAGAUGUGAUGCUGCCUAUACACAAAGGAAGUUUCAAGGACGUUUACUUGGUUUAUGAGCUUAUGGAUACUGAUUUACAUCAGAUCAUUAAGUCUUCUCAAACACUUACAAAUGACCAUUGCCAGUAUUUCAUCUUCCAGUUACUUAGAGGUCUGAAGUAUCUACACUCGGCAAAUAUUCUUCAUCGUGAUUUGAAGCCUGGAAACCUACUCAUCAACGCAAACUGUGAUCUUAAAAUAUGUGAUUUCGGGCUUGCUCGUACCAACAGCAGCAAAGGUCAAUUCAUGACUGAAUAUGUAGUCACUCGGUGGUACCGAGCCCCAGAGCUCCUCCUCUGCUGUGACAACUAUGGCACAUCCAUUGAUGUGUGGUCUGUCGGUUGCAUCUUCGCGGAACUACUUGGUAGGAAGCCAAUUUUUCCUGGUACAGAGUGUUUUAACCAGCUUAAAUUAAUUGUGAACAUCCUUGGUAGUCGAAGGGAAGAUGAUCUUGAAUUUAUAGACAACCCGAAGGCAAGAAAGUACAUUCAGUCUCUUCCAUACUCCCCUGGAACCGCCUUUUCCCGACUAUACCCGCAUGCCCAUCCUCUAGCGAUUGAUCUGUUGAAAAAGAUGCUCGUCUUUGACCCGUCAAAGAGGAUUGGUGUAACUGAAGCACUUCAGCACCCUUACAUGUCUUCUCUUUACGAUCCAAGAUGCGACCCUCCAGCCCAGGUCCCGAUCAAUCUCGACGAUGAUGAAGAUUUAGGGGAAGAGAUGAUAAGAGAAAUGAUGUGGAAGGAAAUACUGCACUACCAUCCAGAAGCUGCAGCAGCAAAUAUCGAGGUUAGUGCGUAGUCUUGAGUAGAUCUUAUUUCUCGUAUGGUUUUGAAGACAAGAAUUGUUUCUGUGACAUCAGAGAGUAAGCAUCAAUCUUUAGUUUACUGCUCCUUUUCUUUAUUCCUAUGAUGAGAAACACUGAAUUAGCAGUUUGGGAUCCUAGUCUGCUUAGUAUUAUCUGCCUAUGGAAACUGUUCUGGGCUUGAACUUUUCAUAACGAGUGCCUUCUGAUUUGUACAUAGGUGUCUUGUACGCUAGGAACCUUGUCAUUGUACAUUAGUUACUAAUACUAUAUAUGAUAAAACCGUUUAUGGUA